UUAUCUUGCACCUUUCAAUAAUGUUAUUAAUCCUUAAUUUAAUCAUCGCCGUUUGUUUAAUACAACUAAGCUCGCAAGAUGAUUACGCUAUAAAUAAUAAGAAAUUCCCGGAUUCCUUCCUCUUCGGAGCUUCUACUGCUGCUUACCAAAUAGAAGGUGGCUGGAACGAAGACGGUAAAGGACCAAGCAUAUGGGACACCUUCACCCACAACCACCCAGAAUUAAUCAGCGACAGAAGUAACGCCGACGUGACCUGCGACUCCUAUCACAAAUACAAAGAAGAUGUUUUACUGCUGAAAAAUCUAGGCGUGAAUAUCUACCGAUUUUCGAUAUCAUGGAGUAGAAUUCUACCAACCGGACUCCCCGAUGAAAUCAACGAAAAUGGAAUACAGUACUACAGGAACCUAAUCGACGAGCUCAAAGCGAACGGCAUAGAGCCGUUGGUGACGCUCUAUCACUGGGACCUGCCUCAAGGUCUGUCGGACCGCGGCGGCUUCCUCAGCGACGAGUUUCCCAAAUGGUUCGCGGAUUACAGCAGGAUCGUUUUUCAAAACUUCGCGAACGACGUGAACUACUGGGUGACGUUCAACGAGCCGAUAUACGGUUGCAGUGGCUACGGGAACGAUCGAGCUGCUCCUGCGGUGAACCAAUCCGGCGUGGGGGAGUACAUUUGCGCUCACAACCUCCUUAAAGCCCACGCGGCCGCUUAUCACCUCUAUAGGAAAGAAUUUCCCCAGAAUGAAGGAAAAUUUUCAAUGGCUAUACCCGUGGAAUAUGCAGUGCCGAAUUCUACCAAGGCUGAAGAUGUAGCAGCCGCUGAACAAAAAAUGCAAUUUACUGUAGGUUGGUAUGCUAGGCCUCUGUAUGCCGGCGAUUACCCGGAGAUCAUGAAAACCCGCAUAGCCAAGCGAAGCGCGGCCGAGGGUUUCAAAAAGUCUCGAUUGCCAGAAUUCACUGAUGAAGAGAAGAGAAACAUCAAGAAUACAAUGGAUUAUUUCGCUUUGAAUUCCUACACUCUCAACUACAUAUAUGCCAUUGCGGAGCCCCCCAUAACUUCACCUCCGACCGUUAGUAACGAUGUGGGAGUUGGAGUAAUUUGGCCUACAACUGGGGAUGGUACUCUUGGCAUGACAGAUUUAGCUCGUUGGAUAUCGAAGGAAUAUAAUAAUCCGGAUAUAAUUCUUACGGAAAACGGAUACGGUGGAAGUUCAAAAGACUUGGAGGACCCAGAAAGGAUCAGUAAAAUUCAGAAUUCUUUGAGCCGUUUUAAAGAUGCAUUGGAUGAAGGUGUUAAAUUGUUCGGAUACUGCGUUUGGAGUUUGAUGGAUAAUUACGAAUGGAAUCAAGGAUAUACGGUGAAGUAUGGAAUUCAUCAAGUGGAUUUUAGUGAUAAAAAUAGAACCAGAACUGCGAAAAAAUCGGCUAAAUGGUACAAAAACGUUAUAAAAACAAGAUGUUUGGUAGAUAACUGUAUCGAGUAAAAUUAUGAUUAAAAAUGGAAGUAAUACCGAAUUUUGUUGUAUUUAACCCCCCCAA